GUGUGUGUGUGGUUUGGAGGCGGUGGGGGUGAAGAAUGCUUGGUAUGUGCGGACGACAACAACAUGAAAGGCGACGAGUGUUCCGCGUAACUGAUUGUGCGCUUACAAAUCCAUCCCAAAAGCACUUUGUGUCCGCUUAUAAACCGACCCGCAGACGCCAGACGCCUCGACGCGCCUUUGUCCCCCGAAAACAAGCGCCCAGGCGAAUUGGUGCGAGGCGGCCACGCAGUUUAUUUGAUGUCAAACACCCCGCGGAGGCGGAGAUGGUUUGGUCGGUAGUAGGUGGGACCGCGGUCUGCAGCAGGACGUCGUAGAUCAGCGAAGCGGACCGAAGGGUUGCUCCAUCGCCUGGCGCGCAUCUGACGGUGUGGAUGUGUCAGCUUACCUAUGCAGGAGCCAGGCUCGUCUUCUGUUUUUUUCUUUUUACUGUCGAGCAGCCCGCUCGGUGUGCUGAUGCUUUAAACCGACUGGCUAUUUCACAGGCUCCUGUCCACCGCCCGGAUUCACGUCUCUAGUGGCUUCUCCUUGCGGUUUUCUUCUUAUUUUUUUUGGAGGGGUGGGAGAAUAUAAAUAUAUAUUUACAUCUCUCUCUCUAUAUAUAUAUAUAUAAAAUAUAUAUAAAAACCUCCAGGAUGAUCUUUGCAAACACAGGCAACCCGCUGAAGACAGCCAAUCGCAAACAGUGGGUGUCCUGUGUGCAGUCCUACCCCAUGACUCCGUCCAGUCCCAGCAGCAGCAACAGCAGCAGCAGCACAGGCCUGGAGCAGCUCAGCAAAACCAACCUGUACAUCCGCGGCCUGCCGCCUGCGACCACAGACCUGGACCUGGUCAAACUCUGUCACCAGUACGGGAAGAUUCAGUCGGCGAAGGCAAUCCUGGACAAGACUACCAACAAAUGUAAAGGUUACGGCUUUGUGGACUUUGACAACCCGACGGCUGCUUUAAAGGCAGUACAUGCUCUAAAAACAAGCGGCAUACAGGCCCAGAUGGCGAAGCAACAGGAACAGGACCCCACAAAUCUGUACAUUUCCAACUUGCCUCUCUGUGUGGAUGAGAAAGAGUUGGAGAACAUGCUGCAGCCCUUCGGCCAGGUGGUCUCCACGCGGAUCCUGCGGGACUACAGCGGCAACAGCCGAGGCGUGGGCUUCGCCAGGAUGGACACAACAGAGCAGUGUAACGCCGUCAUCUCCCACUUCAAUGGGAAGUUUAUCAAAAUCGCUACUGGAACUCUGGCUCCCUCUCAGCCCUUGCUGUGUAAGUUUGCAGACAGUCAAAGGAAGAAACAUGCUCAUAGUGGAUUUGUUCCCAAUGGACAGACAGGGGAUCUCAGACUAGGUGCAAUGACUCUCACCUAUGACCCCUCUUCAGCAGCCAUACAGAAUGGGUACUACCCAUCUCCGUAUCCAGUGAGCAACAGGAUAAUGACAGUGCAGCCUGCGAUGUCUCCCUACAUGUCUCCAGUCAAUGCUUACCAGGUACAGAGUCAUUCUUGGGUGGCACAUCAACCAUAUAUCAUGCAACACCCGGGUGCUGUGAUGUCUCCCUCUGUGGAUCCCUCCAUGUCACUGCACCCCUCAGCCAUGAUCACUCAGCAGAUGGGCCAGCUGUCACUGGGAAACACUGGAGGGUAUAUUUCAGCUAACCCUGGUGUCCAAGGAGCUUACAUGCCUCAGUACCCUCCAAUGCAGGCAGCACCUGAAAAUGGCACGCCGCAACAAGUGGAUUCUUCCAAUAACUCGUCUCCUUACAGUCAACUCAGCAAGUAGUCACAGGUUAUAGAUUCCCGCUUUGUGAGCCAGAGGGCGGGAGAGAGGCCGAUGACAUCAUAGUAGUAACAAUUGCCGCCUUCUCUGAUUGGACCAGACACAUGAACUUUUUUGCACAGCCCCGACGUUUGUGGUGAAAAAAUGAGGACAGUGUAAAUGGACUCAAGCAGUUGGCUAAUCACAGGAAGAAAAAAAAAAAAGAUUUAUUUUGAUAAAAAAAACAUGCUCUUCUUUUUUCUUUUUUUCAAGGAUUAUCAAACAAAUGCCAGAGGACCCCCCCCCCCCUCCAAUCACCCUCACCCUCCCCUCCCCAGUCCCCCCCCCCCAGUAUGAUGUGAUGUUAUAACGCAUGAGAUUGAGAUAGUUUACCCCCCCACCCCCUCCAAGGUAUCUAUGAUUUUAAAGUUCCUUCGUUUGUGAUAUAUGAAAAACAACUUGCAAAACUUGAAGUUUGACGUUUUAGAAUAUUUAAAUUUUGGUUUUCAACAUUGCCACAUAAUAGCUUACAAAAUCAAUCCAUGUUCAACUGUACUAGACAGCUGAUGCAGAUGACCAUUUCAUCAGGAAAUUAAUGAAUCUAAUAUUGGAAAAGGUGCCUUCCUUACGUCACAUCGAACAUUGUUUCCAUCAAAACUUGAUCAGGUGUCAUAUUUCUAUCUGAUUGAUCAAACGUGUGUGUGUGAAAUGCUUCGCUAUCUAGUCUUCUGGUAGCAAUAAAGACAAUGAGAGUCCCACGGCAAUACUGAGAAAAAAAACAUUGGUCACAGUCUCAGAGCAAGGUAAUCCCUUAUUUCCCCCACUUUCCUUUUCUAGAAAAUUGUCGUGACAUGAAACAAAAGAGCCGUACUUUUAUGAAAUUACAAGUUUUACACCCAAUGGACAUCUUUAAAGGAGGGUUAUUUUUUUCUCUUGUGGUCAGUUCGACCAGUGAUCUACCUCAUGGUUCUGCCGGAGUCGGCUGGUGUUGUGGGGUUUGCAGGUAAAGCCCCCCUUGUUCACCAGAGCGGACGAAGCAGAGCAAAAGCCACGCUCGGGAGCUGGCUCAAUGGGACUUCUGCCCGUCUCGUCUCCCACAUGCCACAUGUCUCUCUGUUCCUGAUCUGCAAAGGAACGUCGUGCUUUGGUUCACCUUUACUUGUCAUUGCUUCCGUUCCGGUGGUUCUUUUUCCCGGCGUGAUGAGCGUUGUUCGGGUUGUGAGAUAGACAACUGCUAGCUUCUCCUUGAAACAGCUGGUUUUACAAUGUGCUUGGAAUAAAAUGAGUGCAGGCUCAGUGCAUUUUGCCCAUUCUUCUGCCUUUGCCAUUCAUGACAGAUCUUAGAUGACUCACCACGUCCCCUUACCUUUUUUUCUUGCUUUCCUUUGAAAAAGACUGAAAGCAACAUAAUCUUUGGUUGAACUGUUACUGUAAAGCUUUCCAAAAACAAGGCUAGCAUUUAGCCAAAUUUUGGUCAUUUUGUUUUACACCAGCUUAAUAGUACACAUGCCAACCAAUUUGCAUCUGAAAUCCAACAAUUAUGUCUGAAGUACUUAAAGAACCGCAGUAUUUCAUAAGAAUAGGAUGGAAGUUAAUAUCCCGUUGAUUGACAGCAUGUGUUUCAAAGGUUUCACUUGUAAGAAUAAGAUUUGUAUAUUAUAUGAAUUCAGGGCCAAACGUGAAAAAUAAGUGAGUGUUAUUAUUUGCUUUGCAAUUUCUUUUCUUUUAAAUUGGUGAUUUCUGAUGUAAAAAAACCCUCUAUACACUACUAUGAGACAAGAAGAAAAAGUUCAAGCUUCGUGGUCGCGGUGCUGUUCUCCGAUCAAUAGACCUGUAGCAACAAAUGCUCACCUUUGGAAAGUACAAGCGGUAACCUGAUUUUGCUGUGUGUACUUUCUCGUUAUGAACAUUUGUUGCAGGAAAAAAAAAACUGUAAAAAGGAAAAAAAAAAAAUCUUGUACAUGUUAUCCUCAUUGCUUCCCCCUUCACCUUCAGCUGAUUUUCAAACAACCUUCUCCUUGCUCUCUCCUUCCAAAACAUUGGAAUAAGAACAAUGCUGAAUAAAAGGCUCUUCUCUUUCUCA